CACACGCGAGCAAGGCCUCGGCGGGUGUUGUCUUUCGGUCUUCAUGCUCUCUGUCUGUAGAGCCCUAAUUCCUCACCCCAGUUCACAAUGUUCCCGGAACUCAAUAACCUUCUCAGCACCACCCCAAACAAGACGGAGCAGGGGAAACUGACUCUACUCUGUGAUGCCAAGACCGAUGGCAGCUUCCUUGUGCAUCAUUUCCUUUCCUUCUACCUCAAAGCCAAUUGUAAAGUGUGCUUUGUGGCUCUCGUCCAGUCCUUCAGCCACUAUACUAUUGUGGGGCAGAAGCUGGGUGUCAACCUGACAGCAGCACGGGAAAGCGGGCAGCUUGUGUUCCUGGAGGGCCUCAAGUCCACAGUGGACAUCUUCUUCCACACUCCAGAGGAGCCUCAACCUCUGCAGUUUCUCAGGGAGGCCAGCGCAGGAAACCUCCAGACACUGUAUGAGUUUGUACAGGACGCCCUGAAGCCGGUGGACAGUGGGGAGACUCCGUGGAAGUACCCAGUGCUGUUGGUGGACAACCUCAGUGUGCUGCUGAGCCUGGGCCUGGGGGCGGUCGCUGUGCUGGACUUCAUGCAGUAUUGCAGAGCCACGGUUUGCUGCAAAUGGAAGGGGAAUGUGGUCGCCCUUGUGCACGAUGACAGAGACGCUGAGGAUGAGGAGAACGACAUCCUGCUGAGUGCUCUUAGUCAUCAAAGCCACCUGAUCCUGCGGGCUGAGGGCCUGGCCACUGGGUUCUGUAAGGAUGUGCAUGGACAGCUGAGGAUCCUCUGGAGGAGGCCAGCACAGCCCACAACCCAGCGGGAUCGAAGCCUCACUUACCAAUACAAGAUACAGGAUAAAAAUGUGUCCUUUUUUGCCAAGGGAAUGUCUCCUGCUAUUCUGUGACCUGGUUGGGGACAACUAAGUGACUUUGGAUAGUUUUGAUGUGGAAGACAAAGCAGCUGGGCAGGAAUGGGCAUCGGGCCUUUGACACGCUCUUCAGGCUGGCCCGCAGCCCCACUGUGGCCCGAGGAUUGAAUGGUGCUGGGAGGAGUGGGUGCCUUUGUUCCCCAGGACUCUGCUCAGUGAACACAGCCGCUUCUGCUGAGAGAGGCUGCGGGGAACCAUGGAACUUCAGCCUCACCUGUCCAUUUUUGGUGGCUGUGCCUUUAAGAGCCACUGCAGGUGGAGUGAGCAGUCAGGAAGCUGUCCUGAAUGGCAGCCGUCCAGGCUGAGACUAGAAUAAAGAUGGUUCCCA